AUGAGCUACCCAACUGCCGAAUUUGACGAUGGCUUCCUGCCGAAUUCAGGAUAUGAUGACGUAGAGCCUUCUGAAUCCGGGGAUUACGUUGUGCAUUCCUGCGAGCUGUCUACAAAUCGCACUCGGCACCGGUUCUUGAAGUACGGCUUCAUUGCUGCACUGGCAAUUCAGGGUGUGGUGCUGCUGCUCGGCGUGGCCUUUUUUCUGUUUUACAUAGGGUACGUCCUCUACAAGCUUGGCACGGAUGCAACAUCGACACCAGUGGACAUGCAGUCGGCAACGUUGAUCAUAAUUGCCAUCCUUGUGGCCGGAAUUAUUCAAGGCGUUUUUCUUGGUUUUGGCGUGGUCGGCACUCUGCGCAAGCGCCCCGCGUUGCUGUGGCUGCACUUUGGUUACUGGACGGUCGGCUUCCUCAUGUCAGCCUUUCACCUAGUGUAUCUGGUUGUCAUACUGGCACACGGGCCUCAAGCAAUUCACAUUCUCAUGGUUCUGCCCGUGCUCGUCGUGGAAAUUCUGCCCGCUUUGAUCGUCACCCUUCUGACCUUCUUCAACAUCAAGGCGAUGAACACAUGCCGAGAAUGCUAU